UGUCCUACAAUCUUCAUUGGAAAAACGAUGAAUACUGCUAAAUCCUUAUUGAAAUCAGUAUUGCUAUUACUUCUCUCCCUUCUUUUCCCAAUUUGUGUUUCCCUUGAUACCAUAACACUGGACCAGCCCAUCAAGGAUGGUCAAACUCUAGUCUCAAACCAAAAAACCUUUGCACUUGGAUUUUUCAGCCCUAGCAAUUCCAACCGCCGCUACGUUGGAAUUUGGUAUUACCAAAUUACCGAACAAACCAUUGUGUGGGUUGCAAAUAGACACAAUCCCCUCAAUGAUAGCUCGGGAAUCCUAUCCAUCAACAAUCACGGAAACCUUGUCCUCCACACCCAAAAUCAAACCCUUCCUAUUUGGUCCACGAAUAUUGCUUCAGUCUCAUCAACAAGCUAUUCUAUCUCUGUGGUUCAGCUCUUAGAUGUCGGAAAUCUUGUUUUGGUUCAACAACAUAGCCAAAGGGUCUUAUGGCAAAGCUUUGAUUAUCCCACCAAUACUAUUCUUCCUUUUAUGAAAGUUGGGCUGGAUCGGCAAACUGGGUUAAGCCGAUACUUAACAUCUUGGAAGUCCCAAGAUGACCCGAAAAUAGGUAAUUACUCAUUUAAACUCGAUCCAAUUGGGUACCCCCAAUUGUUGUUAUACAAGGGUCGGACUCCAUUGUGGCGGGGCGGAACUUGGAGCAACCAAGGAUUGGCCGGUGUACCAGAAAUGAAAUCGAAAUUAUAUAUUUCCCUCAUGAAUGUUAGUUUUGUGAAUAAUCAAGAUGAAAUCACCAUUAUGUAUAGUAUAAUUGAGCCCAAUGAUUACUCUAAAAUUAUAUUUGUCUUAGGUGAAUCAGGUACAUUUGGGAUGUACAUUUGGGACAAUGGUAAAUGGGUCAAGUUAUGUUACCCAAAAGAGUCAUGCGAUAUAUAUUUAAAGUGUGGUCCAAAUAGUUACUGUGACCCAUACAAUGGGGAUGAGUUCGAUUGCGUGUGCUUACCCGGGUUCGAACCCAAGUCACCUCUUGAUUGGCCCAUUAGAGAUGGGUCAAGUGGGUGUGUAAGGAACCAAGGGGUGUCCACAUGUAAGAGUGGAGAAGGGUUCGUCAAGUUGGCAAGUGUGAAGGUGCCUGAUACUUCAAUAGCACAUGUAGACAUGAGUUUAAGUUUGAAAGAGUGUGAGCAGGAAUGCUUAAGGAAUUGUUCUUGUACAGCUUACACAAGUGCAGAUGAGAGUGAGGAAGGGAUUGGAUGCUUGACAUGGCAUGGGGACUUGGUCGACAUAAGAACAUUUUCUAAUGAAGGACAAGAUUUAUACGUACGCGUGGAUUCGGUUGUACUAGCUCAAUAUGCCAAGAAAAAUGGUCUUGCUCGAAAAACAAGGAUUGCCUGUCGUGUACCAAGCUUAGAAGACUCUACAAGUAGAAGGAACCAUGAUGGAACUGGAAGAGAUUCAAAUUUGCCAGUAUUUGAUCUAAAAAACAUUAUUGCAGCCACAAAUAAUUUCUCUGUUGCUAACCUACUUGGUAAAGGUGGCUUUGGCUUAGUUUAUAAGGGUUUGCUAAAAAAUGGAAUGGAAAUAGCUGUGAAAAAACUAUCAAAAAACUCAAGACAAGGAAUAGAACAGUUCAAAAAUGAAGUUGUGCUAAUUGCUAAACUCCAACACAGGAACUUGGUGAGAAUUUUAGGUUGUUGUGCUCAAGGAGAAGAGAAGAUGUUAAUUUAUGAGUAUUUGCCAAACAAUAGUUUGGACUCUUAUAUUUUUGAUGAAACAAAAAGGUCAUGGUUAGAUUGGGGAAAAAGAAUUGAGAUUAUUUGUGGAAUUGCUCGAGGGAUCUUAUAUCUUCAUCAAGACUCAAGAUUAAGAAUUAUCCAUAGAGAUUUAAAGGCUAGCAAUGUUUUACUUGACAUUGCAUUGAAUCCAAAAAUUUCAGAUUUUGGUAUGGCUAGAAUCUUUAGUGGGGACCAAAUUGAAGCCAAUACAAAUUGUGUUGUUGGAACAUUGGGUUAUAUGUCACCCGAGUAUGCAAUGCAAGGAUUAUUUUCAAUAAAAUCCGAUGUAUUUAGUUUUGGGGUGUUGCUAUUGGAGAUCAUUACUGGCAAAAGAAACACCAACUAUAAUCAUAAUGGUCCCUCCUCAAAUUUGAUUGGACAUAUUUGGGACCAAUGGAAAGAAGGCAAAGCCAUGGAAAUAGUCGAUCCAUCACUAGGUGAGACAUACCCUGCUAAUGAAGUAUUGAGAUGCAUUCAAAUUGGGCUUCUGUGCGUGCAAGAUCAUGCAACAAAUCGACCAACCAUGUCGGCAGUUGUUUUCAUGUUGAGUAGUGACACACCCCUUCCUUCACCAAAGCAACCUGCAUUCAUUUUCAAGAGUACCUGCAAUACUAAAGGCCAAACAACUAUUGAAGGAGCUAAUUCUAUAAAUGAAAUAACAAUUACUAAAAUAGAUGGUCGCUGA